CACCCCCGUAGACCGGGGAUGCGCGUCCCGGUCCCUCCAUCCCCCGGUGCCCUCCCGGGACGCCUCCGUAUCUCUUUCCCAUCUCCGGGUCCACGCACCAGCCCCGGUCCCCAUCCCCUCCCGGGCCAUGUCCUCUACUGCACCCCUGGUCCCCUCCCGGUCCCCAUCCUCUCCCGGUCCGUGUCCUCACGGGCCCCCCCGCCCCGGCCCGUGCCGUGUCCCCCGCUCCCGGUGGCGGCUCCAUCAGAACCAUGGAGAGGGCAAGAGGGACGUGCGGCCGCGCCCGGGGCACCGGGGCUGCACCGGCCCCGCUCAGGGCCCCGGUCCCGGUGCGGCGAGAGGUGACGGGGAUCCCGGCCCGGUGCGGGAAGGUGGUGGGGAGUCCCGGACCGGGGGGCUCCCGGUGUGGCAGGGCAGGGGGGUGCGGAGCCGUCCCGUUACCCCACCGGUGCGCGACGGGAGCGUGGAGCCAGCGCAUUCCGCCAGGAGGCGUCGCGGCGCAGCUCCGGAGCGAGCGCGUCCACACCGGAGCCGGGAAAACCGGAGCGAGGCGCAGCGCAGGGACGAGGGCGCCACCGCGUGGCGCGGAAGCGGCACCGCCGCACCGUCAGCCCUGGGGGGCCUCGGGAGGUCCCGGAGCAGGGGGGGUGGCCCCGUCGAGUCCCGGUGCGGGGGUUUACCCGCCGAGGUGGCACCACCACGCUCCGGUGUCACCGACGCCCCGCGGAAGCCGCGGGGACGAGAAGCGAAAGCGGGAGGCGGUGCUCGGGCUCCCUACACCGGGUGUGUCCCCCCCUCUCUCCGGGAUCCCUCGGACUCCUGGGUCCGCCUCGCACUCCAGGGUUCCCCCAGCACUCCGGGCUCCGGGGCCGAGGGGGUUAAGGCGGCGACGUGACGUGUCCCCUCCGGCCCCGCCCCACGGGCCGCCCCGCGCGAGCUGUCAGCGGCACCGGGCCCGCCCGGCCAUGGCAGGGCUGCUGCAGGCGCUGGUGGGGGCCUCGGAGAAGGCGGGGACCAUCGCCCGGCUGUGCCGCGCAGAGGAGCCGCUUUUCCAGCUGCUGGUGGCUGAAAAAAGCGGCACCGACAAGAACAGGAGGUUCCUGCGGGACUUCAAGACGCUGGCGGACGUCCUAAUCCAGGAGGUCAUCAAGCACGACCUGGGGAAGGAGUUCCCCGAGCUGCAGGGCCACAUCCAUGGGGAGGAGUCAAAUGAGUUCAAGAACAGGCAGGGGGACACGGUGGUGGUGCGGGUGUGCGACACGCCGGGUGACACUGCGGCCCUGCUACUCUCCGUGCUGGAGCCCGAGCGAGAGGCUGCCGAGCUGCUGGCAGCUGCCGUGCACCAGGAUGUGACGCUUGGGGAUGCAGAGCUGGCCAGCGUGGAGCUCAGCAUCCCCCCCCAGGACCUGGCCAUCUGGAUAGACCCCAUCGACUCCACCAAUGAGUACAUCGGGGGGCACGAGGACGUGGCCCCCAUCGACGGUAUCACCCCAGCGGGGCUGUGCUCGGCGCUAGUGCUCAUUGGGGCCUACGACCGGCAGACGGGCUGUCCUGUGCUGGGCAUCAUCAAUGAGCCCUUCUACCGUCGGGACCCCCUGACCCACAGGUGGCAGGGGAGAUACCACUGGGGCGUUGCAUAUGGGGACACGCAGCUGAGCUCUCUGAACCCCCCGCCGCCGCGCCCCACACCCUGCGUCGUGCUGAGCCGGGCGGAGGGGGGACCAGUGCGAGCGGCCCUGGGUCCCCUGUGCGGUGACCGCCUGUGCUUCGCCGCCGGUGCUGGCUACAAGAUGCUGUGUGUCAUCCUGGGGCUGGCGGAUGCCUACGUCCUCUCCGAGGGCAGCACCUUCACCUGGGAUGCCUGUGCCCCCCACGCCAUCCUGCGUGCCCUGGGCGGGGGUGCGGUGGCCCUGGCGGGGGCCCUGCAGGCACGGAGGGCGGGGGACACCAGCCCUCCCCCUGAGCUGGUGUACAACCGCCCGGUGCAGGGGGCGGUAGGGGCCAAGCGCUGGGCAAACCAGGGGGGGCUCGUGGCCUACAUGCACCCCCAGCACUUGGAGGCUGUGCUGGCCGCGCUGGCCACUGUGCCCGGGCUCUGAGCCACCGGUGGCUGGGACCUGGGGUGAGGGCAUGGGGUGGCAGGGACCUAGGGGUGCAAGGGUGUGGGGAGACUGCGAACAGGGGGGGCUGGGAUUGUGGGGGCAAGACAUGGGCUGGCAGGGACCAGCAGACGCAGAAUGUCCAGGACCCUGGGGUUCAGGGUAUGGGGUGACAAGGACCUUGGGGUGCAGGGUAUGGGGUGGUUGGGACAGGGUGGCAGGGAUCAGGGUGGGCAUGACUUCGGGGUGCAGGUUAUAGGGUUACUGGGACCCUGGGGUACAGAGUAUGGGUGACAAGGACCCCAGAGUGCAGGGUAUGGGGUGACAAGUACAUCGAGGGUGACAGGGACUGCGGGACAGCUGGGACGCCGGGGUGCAGGCUCCCGGGGUGCGGGACGGGCUGUCAUCUCUGUGUCCCACGCACUCCCGGCGCGACACCCCCAUGUCCCCCAUUAAAGUGUCUCCCUCGC